CGCUGUGUGUGACUCAGGCGAGCGGGAGAAGCGUCGGCUGCCAUUUUGAGGGGGUUUUCGCUCCGGCUGCGCUUCGGCUUCUUCUGCCUCGUCGGGCGCGAGAGACUCUUCUGCUCUAUCCUUCGCCUGAAGGGACGGGAGGGGGGCUGCGGUCGCUCUCUUGCCCUUCGUGAGAGGAGCUCGUAGCGCAGGGACCGCCCGGCCCGGCCUCGCCACUGCCGCCGCCGCCUCUUCCUCCUCCUCCUCCCUCCUCCCGCUACCGCCACCAUUUGCCCACCCCCGGCGGCUCCGGGGCGCCGAGCUUAGGCUAUGGGGACCAGGCUGCUGGGGCUGAGCAGCGGCAGAGCGGGCGGCCCGGUCGUCGUGAACAGCGCAGCGGGGAUGGGGGGGCUGGGCGGAUUCCUGGUGGCCUUCUCUUGACAUGGCUCUUGCCCGUGCUGCUAGCAGCGCCGCCGCCGCCGCCUCCACUGCUCCGCCCGCGCCCGCCGGCUGCGGGUAGCGAGCCGGUCUCCGCGCCACACACUUUCUGGGUCCGGUCGCUCUCUCCGGCCACCUGAGUGGAAGGGACGGGGAGGGAAGCGGCUUCUUGAAGAAGGGAAGAGGCUGAAGGGAGGGGGGAACAACCGCACCGGAGCCAGACGACCACUCUAGGGGGAAGAGAGGCGGCUCCACCGUAUUUUUUUUUAUCUAAAGGGCCUGCCCGAGAAAAACGUUUUCCUGAAAUGUAAGUUGAGUUUGCAAAAAAAAAAAAAAAACAUUUGCAAACUUGUCAACUUGUCCCCCCCCCCCAGAAAUAACUUGGCGUGUUUAGCUUUUUUUUUUUUUAAAUUGGAAAUAACCCAUUUUUUCUUGACCAUGAAAGCGAGAUAGUGAAUCGAGGGCUGCAGAGCCAGUGCCCCCGCUGCGCUGAGCACAGGCCCGCCUCUUCCCCUUCUGAGGCUCGAGCGAGGCAGAGAACAGCCCCUUCCCCGGAAGCCAUGCCCAGCCCCAGCUAAGCAGCAGUCCGUGUGGGGCCUAACGGCGGAGGGAGACAGAUUUUCGCCCUUUCGGUGGAGUAGACGGAGGGCAGGCAGGCAGGCUGUUGGGGGAUGUAGGCCUCUCUCCCUGCUAGGGAGGUGCUAGAGCGAGAGAUCGCUUCGGGUGCAGAGCCUUUAGGCUGGAUACUGCCCUUAGCUUCCCUCCCCCCUCUUCUCAAUGGCCAUCAUGAUUCCUUUUCUCUCUAACAGACACAGCCUCAGGGCGACCUUGUGCCUGAUGAUGAGCAGGAUGAAGUUAGAAAUGACUCUGCUGUUUUCCAAACUCCUUGCUCCUCUGCAAACCAGCACCCUGUUGUCUGUUGUUGAUGAUUUUGUUGUUGAUAGGGAAACCUAUUACCUCCCAGGACAUCCACUCUUCUUCUGCAUUCCCUCCUUUGCUUUCUACCAAGUGUAAUACUUAUUAAAAGCCAGGCAGUAUAGCAAUAGCCAAAAAAAUCUUGAGAAUAAUCAGCAGAGUCAUGAAUCUGAAUGGGAUGGAAAACUGUCUUUAAUUUUGUUUUGUUUGGGGUUCUUUUUUGUUGUUUGGGCAAAAAACCACACGCCCAAAUGGAUUGGGUCUGUGCCCAUUAUUGUCUUUUAUUCUACACACAAAUUGUGAUAAGAUUUUUUUCCCAUUCUUGCCCACUUAUUCCUGUGGUUUAAACUGUGUAUAUCAGUGCAUCUUCUUCAAAUUUCUUAAAAGUUUUUGAAAAUACUGUGCAAGGUCUUCUUGUCCAACCAUGGUUGGACUACUUAUUUUGUUUUAUGACCCCUCUAAUAAGACAGCCUCAUAAAACAGUUGCCUGAAGUGUAUUUUUUUGGGUUAUGCCCGUGUUUUAUUGAUUCAGUGGUAUUAGCAGGAAUAAAAUGACUUGUUUCUGUUGUACUCGAAUCUUGUGAAAAAAGGGCCCAUAGUUUAGUGACGGUUUCCAAAGGCUUUAGUACCAUCUGUAUUACAAAAUGGGGGACCCAAACUCCCGGAAGAAACAAGCUCUGAACAGACUUCGUGCUCAGCUUAAAAAGAAAAAAGAGUCUCUAGCUGAUCAGUUUGAUUUCAAGAUGUAUAUCGCCUUUGUAUUCAAAGACAAGAGGAAAAAGUCAGCACUCUUUGAAGUGCCUGAAGUGAUACCAGUCAUGACCAAUAAUUAUGAAGAAAAUAUCCUGAAAGGUGUGCGAGAUUCCAGCUAUUCAUUGGAAAGUUCCAUAGAGCUUCUACAGAAGGAUGUCGUACAGCUGCAUGCACCCCGCUAUCAGUCUAUGCGCAGGGAUGUGAUUGGCUGUACACAGGAGAUGGACUUCAUACUUUGGCCUCGGAAUGAUAUUGAGAAGAUAGUCUGUCUUCUUUUUUCUAGGUGGAAGGGAUCUGAUGAUGAGCCCUUUAGGCCUGUUCAGGUCAGGUUUGAAUUUCAUCAUGGUGACUAUGAAAAACAGUUUCUGCAUGUACUGAGCCGAAAGGACAAGACUGGAAUUGUUAUCAACAACCCUAACCAGUCAGUGUUUCUCUUCAUUGACAGACAGCACUUGCAGACUCCAAAAAACAAAGCUACAAUCUUCAAGUUAUGCAGCAUCUGCCUGUAUCUGCCACAGGAGCAGCUCACCCACUGGGCGGUUGGUACCAUAGAGGACCACCUCCGUCCUUACAUGCCAGAAUAGGGUACUGGCCAGCAAAAUGGGGAAGAUCACAGAAUGCAGGAGUGCAGUUUUCACUUUUCUCGCCAUUUAUUCUUUCGGAAUAGAAGAAAAUGGACACAUGUUCAGAACACUACCCAUCGUGGAACUUGAUCAUCCUGGAUUAUUUUCUUUUGUCAUUUGUAUCUCAGAACUUUAAUUUUUUUUUUUAGAUGUUUUCUGCAUGGACCUUGUGAAAGAGAAUGCUCUGCAUAUUUCUGCAUUGCAUGAGCAUCCUACCAAAAUGUGAAAUGAAGGGACUGUUAUACACUGAAAGGAAUGUAUCUGAGAGCAUAAAGUGAUCAUUUAUGGUGGUGUUCCCAUUUGUGCUGGUCAUGCCCCCCAGUAUCAGUAUUCACAGGGUGAGAAGUGAACACAAUGGUUCAAAAGCCUUAUAGCUUUGCUGUUAACAUGAUUGUCUCAGAGCUCUGUCAGAUUCAUUCUGAUUAAUAGUUCUAUGGCUGUUGCAGUAGAAGGCUAAACAUGGGAGAGAAAUCUUACAAGGAAAAGCAUCUCAUUUGGUGUAGGCAUUUAACUGCCUCUUUUAUUUUGCUUGGCCAUGUUUGAGUUUACUGGCAUUCUCAUUUUGGAUCUCUUUCCCCAGUUUGCUGUAUAACUAAAUGUAGAGUGUUCUUUGAGUUGAAUACAUUUUACAGACCUGGAGUCUGAAGUAGCCUAAUGCAGCUAAAUUUAAAAUAGCAGCUGCAGAAACUGUGUUGGCAGAGGAUUUUUUUCCUGAGAGUUGACUUGUAAACUUGCUGGUGAACUGUGUAGGAAAUACUGGUUUCCAAAACAUUUCUUAUGGAAAACCCUCCGAAGUUCUUGGGGUUGGGGGAGGGGGUGGAGUAAGAUACUCUAAAGCAGUUGUGGAUUUAAUUGUAAAAUAUUGUUUGGAGUGUCAAAAUUGGUUUUGACAGAACAUAUUUUGUUAAAGAUUGUGCAAUGAACAUAAGGAAGACUACUGUAUAGUUUUGGCAAAGAAUGCUUUGCUUAAGGAUUGAGUAAUUUACUGAAGUAAAUCUGUAUAAGCCUACUCCCUUUGGGUAAAGCUAGUGCUUAUCUGUUUAAAAUCUGUAUUUAGCUUUUGUUUGGAAUUGGAAAUAAACAAAUUAGGUGAA